CGCCGCCGCACCUCCGUCGCCCGCCCCGAGGGACGAUGCCGCCCCGGGCCUGGCGCGGCGCGGGGGCUCGCCCGUUCCUGCUGGCGCUGCUGCUGGCGCAUCUGCCCCAGGGUGGCGGCCACCGGGCCGCGGGGCCCAGGUUUUUAAUAAGCGACCGUGACAGAGACCCUCAGUGUAACCUGCAUUGCUCCAGGUCCCAGUCCAAACCACUCUGUGCCUCCGAUGGCAGAACAUAUGAGUCCAUGUGUGACUACCAGCGAGCCAAGUGCCGGGAGUCAAGCCUGAGUGUGACACAUCGUGGCCGGUGCAAAGAUGCUGGCCAAAGCAAGUGUCGGUUAGAGAGAGCUCAAGCACUGGAACAGGCAAAGAAGCCCCAGGAAGCAGUUUUCAUCCCAGAAUGCAAUGAGGAUGGAUCAUUCACACAGGUGCAGUGCCAUACCUACACUGGAUACUGCUGGUGUGUGACACCUGAUGGCAAGCCUAUUAGCGGCUCUUCUGUACAGAACAAAACUCCUGUAUGUUCAGGUUCUGUAACUGAUAAACCAUCAAGCCAGGGUAACUCAGGGAGGAAAGUUUCUUUUCGGUUCUUUUUAACUCUCAAUUCAGAUGAUGGGUCGAAGCCAACGCCUACCAUGGAAACCCAGCCCAUUUUUGAUGGAGAAGAAAUCACAGCACCCACCCUGUGGAUUAAGCACUUAGUCAUCAAAGAUUCCAAACUGAACAGCUCCAGUAUAAGGAAUUCAGAGAAAGUUCACUCCUGCGACCAGGAAAGACAGAGUGCCCUGGAGGAGGCCAGGCAGAACCCUCGCGAGGGCAUCGUCAUCCCCGAGUGUGCUCCAGGGGGGCUCUACAAACCAGUGCAAUGUCAUCAGUCCACUGGGUACUGCUGGUGCGUCCUGGUGGACACUGGCCGCCCCCUGCCCGGUACUUCCACUCGCUAUGAGACUCCAGUAUGUGAAAGUGAUGCCAGAUCGAAGAGUACAGAGAUUGAUGAUCCGUUCAAGGACAGAGAACUUCCAGGUUGCCCAGAUGGGAAGAAAGUUGAAUUUAUCACCAGCUUACUCGAUGCUCUCACUACGGACAUGGUACAGGCUAUUAACUCAGCAGCACCUACUGGAGGUGGGAGCAGGUUCUCUGAGCCAGACCCCAGCCACACGCUGGAGGAGCGAGUGGUGCAUUGGUACUUCAGCCAGCUGGACAACAACAGCAGCAAUGACAUCAACAAGCGAGAGCUGAAGCCUUUCAAGCGUUAUGUGAAGAAGAAAGCCAAGCCCAAGAAAUGUGCCCGACGUUUCACUGACUACUGUGACCUCAACAAGGACAAGUCUAUCUCACUUCAGGAGCUGAAGGGGUGCUUGGGAGUCAGCAAGGAAGGAAGUAGCCUGAGCAGUUUCCCCAGUGGAAAAAGACAAGGCCUUAACCCUUUCAUAGGCCGCUUGGUGUAGCAGCAACAGAAGACAGAAGGGAAGGCAGGAGCCAACCCAAAGGAAGGAAAGAUACAGCGACAGAUGGACACCUUGCUUCUUAAGAGCAAGCAUACAGCAUCAGAAACAUCCAACGUAGCAGAAGUGGCACCCAGAACGUUUGCACUUUCUAAUAAUUGGUUUGGGUUUGUUUUUAAUUUCUUUUCAAUGCCAUUAUCUAAUACUUUGGAGAGCGGGGGGAAACAGGAUCAUGACUUUUUAAAAUUGGAACAGCUACUGAUGACUUAAAAUUGAGUUCACUGGGACUCGAAGAAAGAGAAUUUUAUAUACUGUAUAUAAAUAUGUAUGUAAAUUGUACAGUUGUCUUGUACAGGGGUUGGAGUCACUGUUCUGUUCCUCCCUUUGCUUCUGAAGGCUGUUAGGGUUAGAGGGACACUUUGCAUUUAAUGGAUUACAGUAAUGCAUUCAUUUCUGCCAACUGAUCCAUCAUUCAGUUGCAAACUGAUCUCUUACUGUCCCCACGCACGAAGGAGUAAGCAUAUCAGCAUGACCUGAGCAAACAGUGCCCCACAUACUAAAUGCUUCUUGAGAACCUCCUCUUUGAUUACUGUGCAGCUCUGUUCAAGUCACAGGCAUCAGGACUUCUGAGAGAGCAAGGAUUUCUCCUCAGCAGUUGGGCACUGCAAAGCUACUUGGAGUAGGGGUAGGAAAGGGUUGUAUUAAGGAAAUGUAGAAAUAGUUUCUGCACCUGUUGCAAAAUGGUUAGAAAUGAAUUGCAAAUGCAUCGCUAUUCAGGCUCAGAAGACAUGCUUAGCAAAGAUGUGCCAUGUCCUGAGAAUCUAAUGCUACUGGAAGGGCAUGGAAACCAUAGACACUAGUAGAAUCAGCGGAGUGAUGUCACGCAUCUUCUUCUCUGACACAGUGUUCAUCUAUAUGAUGCAAGCAAUAAAAAUACUGAGGAACCAUCUAAAAGCAGCAUCAGACUGCCUGUUACUUUGCUGGAGAGCAAAGAACAAAUUUGUCAGUGCAGAAGGACAUGUUCUGCUGGUUCCCAAGAGUCUGCUUUUACUUAUGCUUCAACUCUGCAGCUUGGGCCAUGCUUGCUGGUAAAGGAUUGCGUGCAAUGACUGAUCUUGUCUUUGGUGGCUCCUCUCCUGCACAGGGGACAGCCUGUCUAGCUUUGAUUACCUACUUCACCUGAUUCAUUGGUAUCAGUAUCUCCCGUGCUUUUGUGCUCGGUAACAGCAAAGGCUUGAAGAGCUUGGUGCUCCUGGAGGCCACAAGAGCUGUUUCAACCACCUGCAGUUUUUCCAAACUUGUUGCUUGUUAACUUCAGUCAGAUGCAGCUGUAAAGUCAGCAGAUCAGCUAUCCUUGGUUUGGACAGAGUGUGAUGGGACACGCCGUGCUGUGAUUUGCUUUGCUCAUUUUCAACCUCCAGCGGCACUUGCCUAUUCCUAGAGGAAUUCUGAGCAACUUCCCAUUUCAGAUUUGGCAAUCCUUGUGCCACUCAUUUUUGGAUCCGGAACCAGUAGUAAGAAAUGACUUUGUGCCAUGCUGAUAUGAGAUCACACCAACAAUUGUUUGUAAAAGUGUUGUGAUACUGCAGAAGGUGAACUUGUCCCCUGAGGCUUUGCGGCUUUCAUAUAAAUGUUACAACACAGCCACUCUGUGGCAUGUCACCUGAUGGCAGACACAUCACAGCAAGAGUGUCCUGAUGCAGUAAGCUAGUGCCUUGUUGCCAAAACGGAAAAUUAGAAAAAAUAACAAGCAUUUUUGAAAUAGCCAUAUAGUAGCAAUGACAACUCUUCCCUGAGAAGUAAAUUGGAGCUGAUUGAAGCGUUUUAUAUGGUUGAAAACACCUCUGGUAGUCUCUGAAGUGUACAUUACACCACUGUAAUGUAUAGAAAAGCUCUCUUUAGCAAGAGCAGAUCCUGCAGCUCGAUCCUUUAUGGUUCCUCACAUACAAUGUAUGUGUUUUUCUGGACUGCAAGCUGCCAACUUCUCAAUUGCAUCUUCUCUUUUUAAAAUGCCCAGCACUCAUCUUUUGUGUGUUGGAAUGAUUUGGUUUAGUGUAUAGUUAGAAAUGUUCCUAUCUCUUGUUAUUCCUAUUGUAGGAGCAAAGAACGAACCCAACUGUAUAAAAAAAAAAAACACUUUUCCUUGUCUUUAUAUGCUAGCCUUAGAAAGUGAAAGCUCUGGCUGCUGGGUGUUUUCUUGUUUGUUUCUUUUUUCUUAUUUUUUUUAAUUGCAUAGUUACAUCCAGCAAAUCCAGACAGUUGGAUCUCAAUAGGAGCUCUGUCAUCCAGCCACUGGGACAGGCAGUGCCCCACAGAAUUGCAGGGGUGUGCAGAGCUGCUAGAAAUCAUUGCAUCUUUUCAUCUGGAAAUGCUGGGAAUGUCAGUAAAGUAGACAGCCAGCACUGCUGCCUGCCACAUUAAUAUCCUUCUGCAGACCUUUUUCUCCUCUUCGCAUCUUUCAGGUCUAAAAGGCCUGCGCUCACAUGUAGUUUGCAAUUAAAAUUGAGUCAGUUGUUCGAGGAGAUCAAACAAGGUUGGCUUUGGUAUUGGUGGAUAUUCGUGUUGCUGUAUUAGUGCUGACUUAAUGGAUGGAUGGGGGUCCAAGCAUUAUGUUUCUUUAGUUUCAUGGGAGGAGUCCAACUCCCAGCAUCACAACUUCGGAUUUGCACAGGCCUCAGAGCAGCUUAUGGCAGCAUUUGUACAUUGACAUGCAUGACCCAACCACUAUGACUGCAUAAAGUCUGGGCACAGGUUAGAUUACUUGUUCAGGAUUUGUGUGUUGGAAGCUCACAGAAGGCUGUACUGGUCCUGACUCAUAUAAUCCACCCAUUGAGUGUCCAAACAGUCAUCAGAACAGAGCAAUGCUUCAGCUCCCCUCAUCCCUUGUUGUUUUUCUUGCCAGUCACCGGGCUGCCAGGCCAAAUGUCCUUAUCUGGCAGUGACAAGCAUGUUCUGCUUUGCCUUGCAUCAGUAGCAUCCUACUGAAGCUGGGGCAGAGGGUGUGUCACAGUUGUGCCUGGAAGCAGACCGUGGGUAUCUCUCCUCAUCCUACAAGUCCUCCUGGGCCUCUCCAGCUCUACUUUAAAUGACAGGUGAAAACACUCAUGACAGAGGAGGACCAGGGGUCUACAGAGCAAAUCAUCUGCUCUUCUGCUUGAAGCAAAACCAUAUCCUUUUUUGCUGAUCCUCCAAGGACGUAGUGUCUUGGAGGGAGUUGCAUUAUGGUGGGAUUCACUCCUAUGAAGGCACUGCUUUCCAUGGCCUAAGUUUGUAUUGAACUUAUCCUGCCCCAGCACAUUUCUGCCUAUGGCAUUGUUUGUUAGACUGAAAGGCAUCUGUUUGAUUUUAGUUUUGUAAUAAAAUAGAUAACUUUUGCUCUAAAGUCUUUUGGUUGUUUCUUGUUGAAUAUUGAUUUUCAGAGCUCAUCUUUCUUUCACAUUAUGUUUUUUUAAUUAUAUUGCCAAAUGAGGAAAGGAGACUUUCCUUCUCCCAGAAUCGGGUCUCAGUCAUUGAUUGGAUCUGAGGAUGCUUCUUUCUUGUGUGUAAGCCUCCAGGAUGAACUAAAACAUGCACCCGUGUGCUGUCCUCUGGGGUUUAAUGACAGAUUCUGCUCAAUCUACUUCAAAAGACUGAAGAUUCGGUGGCAGAGCAGAGGUGACCUCCAAAGGUGGCAGCUACUGCAGAAUGUGAUCUCAAAGCACCCUCUCCUAAACCAGGGACAGAAGACAGCCAUUGAGUCUCACUGGAUCUUCUGAUCAGUUCUCAUGUUGGAGACUUUGUACAUCGCUGAAUGAGGAAGAACUGUUAAAGCUGCUGUCCACAGAUACAAGUUAAAUGAUGAAAGUAUUGCAAACUGGAAAAAGAGAGGAGUGAAGCCAAUGUGGACUUUCUGGACUAAACUGGCAACCUAAGCAGAUUUUGUUGUAUUACCAAGGUGACAAAUUUGAGGGCUCAAGAAGAAGCAGUAGAUGUCAUCUCUGGAGUCCUACAAGACUUAAAGAAUUAAAAGUAGGAAAGGACUUUUUUUUCUUUUUUUUUUUUUUACUAAGUAAUUCUUUGGCCAUUCUUUAUGGCACUCUGAGGAGCCUUCAUCCUUCUCUGGCCUUGCAGUGAUUCUGUAAGCAAGUCAGAAGAACGACAGAGAGAUUGUUUCUGCCUCUGCCUCCAGCAGAAGUCUUUUCUUCCUCCCCUUUCCCCUUAUCUUUGACAUAAGGAACAAAAUCUCUAUGCAGAAGGCCAACCUCCUGACUUCUAGCCCUUACAAGCCAUUUUGGGCAAAAUAACUUGGCAGCUCUCCAAAGCUGCUGUUAAAUCAGGCAGCAGGAUCUGCAUAAGUGGUGCUGCUUGACUUGGAGAAUGCCUGGGUUUUCAAAAACAGCACCUCAGAAACUAGGAGUACGGCAAGCCAGUAUUUUCUAAGGAGUGUUUGCUAGAAAGCCUGAGGCUGACUGGGCCACAAGUAAUGAUGCUUUUUCCUAUUCUCUAUCUGUGGGCUGCCCCACUUAGCAAUUUUAACAGCUGUUUUUGCUUUUUAGAAGCGCCUUGCCUGUGCACACCAGGAGAUGUCUAGCUUUCAUUUGGAAAACAGCACCAGCUACAUGCUGCAAUGCAAACUACAUCCCCACCUCCUGUAAAAGCAAGAGUGAGUGUUUAAUCCAUGUUGUAUUGUUCUUUCACCACACUGGGUCUGGACUGGAGGUCUGUGGCUCUCAGCCCUGGUAGAAGGACUACAGCCUCACUGUGUACUUAGCUGUGAGGAUGCAUGAAUUGUUGAUACGUGGAUGAAGGACUCAGCUGUGUGUGUGACCUUCAUCCUUGGUUUGCUGAAAUUAGUUCUGUAGCAUCUCAGAGUUGUGCUUUAGGCAAUAAAAACUGCAGUGACUGAAUGUCCGUUGUCCCACUAUAGAGUAGCACUCUGGCUUUGCAUUGCAUGCAGUGCCAAUGUUAUCACAUGAUUUUGGCUGGGACUACUCAAGUGAUGCCUUCUGACUUCUCUACACCAGAAAAGACUGACACAAUAUUUGGCUGAAGAAAUGCAGCUGUUUGUGAAGUGGCUUGGAUGUUCUCACUGUGAAAUGGCAGUUGUGACAGAUAAAGCUGCAUGGAGGUGGCUAAAGUUGGAUCUGGGCUCCUGUAGUCCAAUAUGAAUGCAAAUUAUUGCAUCUCUUGACCUGUUAUGAUUUUUUUGAAGUGGUCAGGUGUUUGUUACAGGCUUUUUCUGCUUGAAAUGCUGCCAAAUAUCAGCCCUUUGUAAAAGGAGUUAAAGUACUUCAACUUCAAAAAGACAGAAUAGCAAAUAUCAAUGAAUUCAGGAAACUGGUGGGGGCAGGAUCUCUGAAUAGCUGUCCAAAAGGAUAAAAGAGAUCUGAGAACUGAUAUAAGGGCUGGUGUCAAAGUCCUAAUAAGAAACUAUCUUGCUGUACAGGAAAUUGAGGGAACAUAGAGACCAAGGCCUUCACUUGUGAAGAGCUUUAGCAUCCUGAAGCUUGAAAAGAAAAAACACAGAACCUGAAGCAAGAGCAUUUACCUAAGGCUCUGAAUACAGCAAUGGCACGAGAAGGCUGGCGUAAGAUCAGAAGGGCUGAAGCCUAAAAAUACCUUUAAGUAGCACGUGAUCUAAAAGAGGUGGAGGGAGAAGGUAAAUUCUGUUAUAGCAUGAAAGCUGAUGUGAAACACUCACUUAAAGAAAGCAGAAUUUUUAAAGCUUAUUUUAUUCACUUUGUUUAAAAAAAAAAAAAUAAUGUGACCCUAUUCUUAGCAGAAUUAAUUUUAUUAAGGAGAAAAGAGCAUAACACCGCACCAACCCCCCUGAUGAGGAGAAAGAGCAAGGUAAGUGAUACUUGGAUCAUUAAGGAGAAUGGCAGCAGGAUCAGGUGAAGCUCACUGUGGAAAAUUCAGAGUACUGGCCCAAGUGCUUCUGACUCACAUGGGAUGGGUUUUGGAGCAUGGUAGAAUACAUGUGAGCUUCCAGAGGAAUUAAGGAUGGCAAGACAAGGUCACCUAACUAGAGAUGAAUUAAAUCAGGGAGUUACAGACCUGAUAUUUUAAUGGUGUCUCUGUGUGAAAACUUCUGAGUGAGGUGCUGAACAGUUACUCCCUUAAUUACCUAAUACAUGUAUAAGUGUGUGGAAAAUGGCUGGAAUGGAUUUGUUGAUGUUUUGUUCAGGACAAAUCGUAUCAAACCAAUGUAAUUUCACUCUUUGACAGGAUAACUGGCCUCAUCGCUUUGGGGUCGGUAUGAGAUGUGAUAUAUCUUGACUUUGGGAAGGCUUCUGGCACUGUCCCAGAAGACGUUCUCAUAAGCAAGCUGAGGAAAUGCAACCUAGACUCACAAUACAUUGAGCUCAGUGUCAAAGUCAGAGACCUUUCUGGGCAAGUCUUUUGAGUGUCUGUCCAGGGUCCAGGUCUAUUCAGUAUUUUCAUCAGCAGCUUUAGGAAUCUGCUUUGCUAUACAAUGUCCUGGUGGCAUCCAACUGCGUGGGGCAGUAAGCACUUAGGAAGGGUAGAACCAGAAAGCUUGAUAAAUUGGAGAAACCAUCCAAGUCAGCAGGAUGAGUUCCAGCAAAGGAGUAUGCAAUGACCUGCCAUGGGAAUACUGAGGAGAAUGUACAAACAAAAUGUAAUCCAGUAGCAAAUACUGCUUAGAAGCUGAGAGAGGAGAAAGGGGAGAACCUGAAGGUCUUUCUAACAUCCAGCAUACUCCUAUGAGUGAUGGUAAUCAGUGGUUUUCCGUGCCACUGUGAAUAAAACAAGAAGGAAAAAGUCAUCAGGGCAAAAGAAAACCAUUUAGUUUUGCUGUUAUUUUCUAUGCAAAAUGCUAUUGAAGGAAAGGAGGUUAUACAACCUCUUUUGCUACAUUUUUAAAAGCUUAUUGAACAACCAUGGGAGUAGUCUCUACAGCAUGCCCUACUGAGGUGUCCUUGAGAGAAGAAGGCCCCUUUUCAGCUUUAAUGUUGAGUUUCUUUCCUACAUCUUUUCUGUGCACCCAAGUUGUAUGCAUGUCGUUUUCAGAAAACACGACCAGUGUUCCUGUAAUGAAGCCUAUUUCCUGAGACACCAGAGAGGUCAUCCCAAGAAUUUAUUUAUAACUUCACAAUUAUAUUAUAUGAAUUAUAAAUUCACACUCUAAAAGAAUACAAUCUUGCUUAAAGGGUUUAGUCCUUUAAUUUACCUAAAUGUCAGACUAAAUUUAACUUUCUAGACCUGUGUUAUUUUUUUAUUGCAUUGUUUAAAUUGGGCCAGUCUCUGAGUACACCCUCAGCAAUGAUGAGGUGGGUAGGUAAUGAUUUUUCCUUUAGCUACAACACUCAGCUCACCAUGUAAGUGGCAUUAACAAUGGCACUGUGAGACAUUGGUGCAUCCUUAGUUAUAGGUGAUGAGCUCAUCAGCAUCAUGUCAUACCUGCUGGUUCCGUGUCUAAGCUCAAGCCAUCGUUUCUUGGAGGCACAUCUUGGUUUUCCUGAGGAAAACUAACUCAAUCCAGCCACCACUUGAGGCAAAGCAUGGCCUCCCAGGGAAGGGGAGGUAGAGGGGUGUGUGUUUUGGGUAAACUCCUCAGGGCGUUAAUAUCGGUGAGUCAUUUACUCAUGGUUUUAAUUAUCUAGACAUUAUAUUGUAAAUAGCUCACUUAAAUACCGAGAGGACGUUCGUCCCCACCCCCCUGUGGAGGCAAGUCACAAAUAACACUAUUAACAAGCAGGCUGCCUCUGGCACACACACACACAUUAUGACAACAGUCAUUAAAAACAUUUUUUUCCAUACAAUAUUCCAGAGGUUAUUCUUGGUGACAGUGCUUUUCAGCUUGUGGCCAGGGCUGAGCAACUGCUGCUCCCUUUCAUGUGGGCUUGUUCGUACACCAAGGUCAUGGCCAUGACAAUUCCCCAGCUGAAUAAACCCAGAAAUAUUGCCAUGCCCAACCCCAAAGCAAUAUCAGGUGAAUGAUACGAGGAUUACCCGUAGCUGUGCAACACCACACAUUCAAAAAGUGACUGAGGAUGGUCUGUCCAGGGAGGUGGUAGAGUCAGUGUCCUUGGGGGUGUUCAAGAAAUGUGUACAUGUGGCACUGAGGGAUAUGGUUAGUGGCCAUGGUGGGGAUGGGCCAACGGUUGGACUUGAUGACUUUAGUGGGUUUUUUUAACCUUUAUUAUUCUGUAUCUCACCACUUAGAGGUACUACAGCAGCCUUACAAAUGCCUUCCCAGAGCAAAGUGCUCUGCUGGGGAAGGCAUGUGAGUUGGCGUCAUCCUACCACAGCAAUGGGCCAAGGCGACUGAAGCCCAUAGUGGUGGCACAUGCAGAUUGAUGGUGGCUUCUCCUUGCAGAUGAUGCUGUGGGUUGAGGCAUUGUUGCUGCUUUUAGAUGGAGAGUGGAGAAGUCCUCUGGUACCAGGGACAACUGGCUUAUAAAUGAGUCCAGCAGCCACAGCUGUGAGAUCAGAGAAACCGUAAUCACAGAAUAUUUUUGUCUUUAAUUUGUGCUUGUCCAGAAAAGUUCUGAUGACACUAACACAACAGUAACUACCAAAAAGGUAAGAAACUCUGAGCUAAGAGCUGCAAAUGCUCUCCUCCCUCAUUUAAAAACUUUGCUCAACAGCUUUAACAGCCACUCAGUUCUUAACUGUGUACUGCAGCUGAUUCCCAAUGCCUGCAGUCUGCUCCCAUUCAGCCCAACUUUCCCUGGGGUAGCAUCCUUAGGUUCCGGACCUAGUCCUCUGAGUGCUGGCCUGCCUCUGUGCAGUGGUGACAGUGAGCCAGGCAGGCUGGGGGUUCCAGCACCCUGCACCCCAAACCCAGUCACUGACACUAAAGGCAAUGGCUUUGCCUUUUUUGCAGCAGCAAGGAAAACAGAGCAGCAAAAGUUCCCCUCUGCAAAGCAUCAAAGGUAAAGCUGCUGCUGGAUCCUCCCAGCAAAACCUGAUGCUGGCAGAGAGUGAAGCAGGCAGGGUGAGCGAUGGUGUCCACACACCUGCCCAGAUGCAAGCACACAAACCAAAAAUAAAACAUAAAAGCCUCAGCAAAAACAAAUCCCCAAGGCACCACAUUUGCUUUUUUUUUUUUUCAGCUUGCAUAUUUUUUAAUGAAGUAAAAAAGGAAAAAUAAAAUAAACACUCCACUGAAGUUGUCAGCUUGGCACAGGUCUCCACAGUGCAUCGAGGGCACCAAAGUCACCAUGCAAUUGGCAGUCACAGAUGUUCAUCCCCCUGCACCCCCUCCCACAGAGUGAGCCUAAGAAAGCUGCAGAUGAAAAGCACAUGACCAAUACAGCACAAGCAACAGAAUAACAGCACUGCAUAACAGUGAGCUCCCCACGCCUGAGUUUUAGCCAGGAAUGGGGGAACUGAUAUGGUUAAAAUAACAACAGACUUGACAUGUCCAAAUUAAAAACUGCAAUGAUAACAUAAUCCCGUUGCACCUUAAACACCCCUACACACACAUCCAGAGAUCAUUUGUCGGGACUUCUUUCAUUUUUCCUCACCAGUCACACAUCUGUGCUAUGGGGUCCCAGCCUGGAUGGCAGCAGAAGUGGUGCCCAAUGCCGGCAGGAGCUGCUCGGUGGGUGGUGGCAUGGCCAGAUAUCAGAGAGACCAACUCACUUGGCAGGAUCCCCCUCUUUCUUGUGCCCUCCCCCAAAAGCCACCACAGAGGGAGGAGAAGAGGCAGUAGACCGUCUUCCCUUUAGCCUCCAUGAAGGGCACUUCACCUGCAAAGCUCCUGCAAGAUGGAUCCUUCUUCUCUGCCUCAUGCUUACACACAUUUAUACAGCGAGAUAUUCAAUAAACCUUUUGUACGAAAAUAAAUAUUUUCCUCUGUGUUUUAAGGACCAAUGUCACACAUCUUUUUACCUGCUAUAAUGAUACGCGUGUUCCAUCCAUGACAGCCUAAUUCCUGCUGCUUUGCCCUCACCUGCAGCCACCAUCUCCAAGGGCAGCAGGAAGCACUCCAGUAUGCUGACAGCCCCUCAGUCUGUGCUGUGCUGACUGCCUGGGUUUGGCUGAUGCUAGUGAAGUCACGGAUUUUUCUGUACAGCACCUGUUUCUUGAUAGAAGAAAUUAUCUUCCUCUUGGAAACACUUUUAAAAAAGCAAGGUUUUUAACAAC